AAGAAGGAUUAGCCAGAGCUCGUGCAGCGAUAGUCGAAGCUUCUUUGAUAAAGAAGAACUAUAACUAUACAUGGGAGAAACAACAUGUUUAUUUUCCUAGAGGAUCAAUUUACAGGAAUCCAUAUGCUUUUCAUCAGAGUCAUAUAGAGAUGGAGAAGAGAUUCAAGGUGUGGGUGUACAGGGAAGGAGAGCUGCCGUUGGCCCACGGUGGUCCGACGAACGACAUCUACAGUAUUGAAGGGCAGUUCAUGAGCGAGAUGGAGAGUGAGAACAGCCGCUUCAUUGCUCGUAAUCCUGACGAGGCGCAUGCUUUCUUGAUCCCAAUUAGUGUCGUCAAUAUCAUUAGCUACCUUUACAAGCCUCUUGACUACAAACGAGACCAGCUGCAGCGCGUGGUUUCUGAUUAUGUUGAUGUUGUUGCUGCGAAGUAUCCUUAUUGGAACAGAAGCAGUGGUGCUGAUCAUUUCCUUCUUUCUUGUCAUGAUUGGGCACCAGAUAUUUCAAAGGCUAAUCCUGAGAAGUACAAGCAUUUCAUUAGAGCUCUGUGCAAUGCCAACACAACAGAAGGUUUUGAGCCCCAGAGAGAUGUCUCAAUACCAGAAAUCAACCUCCCUCGCGGAAAGCUAACCCCUGCCGGUGAGAAAGGUCUGAGCCCCAACAAUCGUACGAUCUUGGCGUUCUUCGCUGGAGGGGCCCAUGGGUAUAUAAGGAAGGUUUUAUUAGAUCACUGGAAGGAAAAUGACAGUGAAAUUCAGGUCCAUGAGUACCUUAAGAACAAAAAGGACUAUUUCAAGUCAAUGGCACAAAGCAAGUAUUGUUUGUCCCCAAGUGGGUAUGAAGUAGCUAGUCCUAGAGUGGUCACAGCAAUGAAAGUGGGUUGUGUUCCUGUGAUAAUCUCUGAUAAUUAUGCAUUGCCAUUCAGUGAUGUUCUUGAUUGGAGUAAGUUCUCAAUACACAUUCCGUCCGCGAAAAUACCAGAAAUUAGGACAAUUUUGGAAGGGAUUCCUCAUCAGGACUAUCUGAAGAUGCAAAAGAGGGUGAGACAAGUGAGUAGGCAUUUUGUGGUGAAUAGACCAGCCCAGCCUUUUGAUGUUAUUCAUAUGAUGCUUCACUCUGUUUGGCUGAGGAGGCUAAACUUUAGACUCCCAUCUUUAAUGGCUUCAUGACACACUUAUGUAUGAUAUAUAAUGACACUUUAGACAGAUUGGGAUUGAAACCCACCCACUACAUGUAAUUUCAGUUGUUUUCUAUAUUGAAAUAUAUUUAAAU